AUGCCUACCCCGACGGAACCCGUGGCUCCUCGUCUCCAACCACAAGAGAUAUCAUUCCCUCUGCCCAAGGCCCUCCAUACUACCGCUCACAUCCAUCUGACGCUCCUGGACACAUGCGCGACUGUGUUCCUGGCCACCUCGACGCCCGGUGACUCGGCUGGCUCGGUCAGGCCGAUGGGCAGUUUUAUCUAUGCCAUGCCUGAUCGUACAAACUCACGUGCCGCCAUAUCAACAACACUAUACACCUCUCCUGGCACCGAGGAAUACACGGCCCGGAUAGCCAAAAUCCUAGCUCGACGCACAAAAGUCCCUGUUUAUGUGGGCUGUAGCAUUGACCCUACCGCCAUUGGUCUAAUGCCUGAGGAAGAGAUGGAGGGACUUACCAAGAUUGUGAACGUCGUCAUGGAACGGUGGGAAAAGAGAGCGAUGUAA